AAAAAAAAAAAAAAAAGUCGACCGUUUCGAGGUAGGAAGCAGUCACGGUCAUCCACAAACAAAUGUUGACAGGGCGGGUUGAGCUUUAUUUUCCCUGUUGCCUAUUUCUUUGAACACAGCAUUCUCCACCAUGUUUCGCUUCAAACAACCAUUGGAACGUUUAGCGAUACGCACCCCCGUCUGUUCCAUUCUCAGAAACGAAUUCCACGGAUCAGCAGUGGCCUGUGCCAAGAAGCAUCCGAAACAGAUCAAAAAGGAGAACUUGGCUAAACGAGCCGCCAAAGCUGCCGAGUUUGAACGUACGAAGCCUUCUCCCAUCGUUUCUCAGUCGGCUCCCUUUUUCAACACUUUGCAUACACCUGAAAGUGCCUACAACGGUUCCAGCGACGACUACCAACACUUCUUGACCCAAGCCGAUAAGCAAUUCAUCUUUGAGCAGACGCCCAAAGACACCAUCGAGUCAAGUCACCUUGCUGCUGUGGACGGUGUCGAGGAAGCAUUGAAACAUGAACAAGCCAAAAUCGACGCAGUAAAAAAAAUCGUCAGCUUGCAAAAUGGUAACGCAAAGGCAGUCCAGUUAUGGAAUAUCCAAAAGGCCAUUGAAUGGUUUCAACGGAAAGAAGGUGAUACCGGCAGUCCAGAAGUGCAAGCUGCCAUCUUGACCGUCCGUAUACACAACCUUCACUCUCAUUUGCAGCAACAUCGCAAAGAUAACCACAACUACCGCCAACUCCGUCUGAUGGUCCAUCAGCGAGCAAAACUUCUCAAGUACUUGAAAUCAAAGAGCUUAGAAAGAUAUCAGACAUGCUUAGACAAUCUCGGAUUGCAGCCUAGAGCUGUGGAAGGCGAAAUCACUUUGUAAACAAUAAUAAAUA